AUGACGCUGGAUAUUGCCCACAAAGACGAACUGUAUCUAGAUGUUGCGGCUCCGUUAGGCUGGCACUACAGCCCUGGUGACAUAAUUAUUGGGGAUAUCGUUCGAAAAUCACCUCUUGUUUCUCUUGAAGCUAGGAUCAACGAAUGGCUCACCGGAGUGAUGAGAGUCAGCAUCUUGCGGCUUAGAGUCGAGACAAAAGACCUCUGGAGCGACCAUGAAGCGUAUGAUAACAAAUGA